AUGGCCGGACCUUCGUACAUGGACCCCAAGUCGACGACCUACCAGCCGCUGAGCGAGCCUUCGGGCAAGUGGCCGGCGGCCAAGGUAACGCUCCCCAUCCCCAUGGGCGAGACGGCCGCCCGCACCGCGCGCGACAUUGAAGAGGCGCGCACCAAGACGGCCUUUGACCCGUCCAAGAUCGAGGAAGUCAUCCGCGACGCCCGCAUCGACAACGAGUCGCGCAAGCGCGUCAUGGGCACCCUCUCGACCGACGACGUCUUUGGCACCUGGAAGAAGCGCAUGGUCCACAUGAACCGCGAGCAGCAGAUGCAGAUGUCGCACUUUGCCUGCCGCCGCCUCCUCGAGCUCGCCGAAAAGCACGACUGGACCACCCACGAGGUCAUCGAGGCCGCCAUCACCCUCGACCUCCAGUCGCCCGUCACCAUCCACUGGGUCGCCUUUGUCCCCGUCAUCUUUGGCCAGGGCUCCAACGAGCAGAUUGAGCGCUGGGGCAACCGCGCCAUGAACCACGAGAUCCUCGGCUGCUACAUGCAGACCGAGCUCGGCCACGGCACAAACGUCCAGGGGCUCGAGACGACGGCCACCUACGACGACGCCAGCGACAGCUUCAUCCUCCACAGCCCCACCCUCACCAGCACAAAGUGGUGGGCCGGCGGCCUGGGCAGGACCGCCACCCACGGCGUCGUCCAGGCCCAGCUCAUCAUCCACGGCAAGCGCUACGGCCCGCACCUCUUCUUCACCCCGCUCCGCUCCCUCGAGGACGGCAGCGUGCUCCCCGGCAUCGUCGCCGGCGACAUCGGCCCAAAGACCUACGCCGCCUUUGGCGGCCUCGACAACGGCUGGGCCCGCUUCGACCACUUCAAGAUCCCGCGCGACAACAUGCUCAACCGCCACGCCCAGGUCAAAAAGGGCGGCGAGUACGUCAAGCCGCCCAACGACAAGCUCAGCUACGGCGGCAUGAUCUUUAUCCGCAGCCAGAUGAUUGACCGCACCGGCUGGAUGCUCUCGCGCGGCAUCACCAUCGCGCUCCGCUACUGCCUCGUCCGCCGCCAAUUCCGCGAUCCGUCGAGCACCGACAUCACCGACGUCGAGCGCAGCGUCCUCAGCUACCCCUCGACCAGCCGCCGCCUCGUGCCGCUGCUGGCCAAGUCGUACGCCUACAUCCUCGCCGGCCGCCGCAUGCGCACCCUCUACGAGGACAUGGCCGCCAAGCUCGAGAGCGGCGACACCGAGCUCCUCUACGACGUCCACGUCGCCUCGUCCAGCCUCAAGGCCUACUGCACCAAGCAGGCCCUCGACGGCAUCGAAGAGUGCCGGCAGGCCCUCGGCGGCCACGGCUUCUCGGGCUACGCCGGCUUCACCACCCUCUUCCCCGAGCAGGCGCCCGCCGUCACCUACGAGGGCGACAACAUUGUCCUCGCCUCGCAGGUGGGCCGCGCCAUGCUCAAGAUCUCGGGCGAGCUCGACAAGGACGCAAAGACGCCCGUCGCAAACACCUCGGCCUUCCUCCGCGCCAUUGCAACGCCCAACGCCGUGCCCUUCCAGUCGCCCCAGUCGCCCCAGGACUGGUACCGCCCCGAGGUCUACUCGGCCGCCCUGGCGCUGCGCGCCGCGCAGCUCGUCACCGACCUCCGUGCCGAGAUUGCAGAGGGGCGCAAGUUUGGCGACCUCAGCUUCGAGUGCAUCGAGGUGGCAAAGAGCCACGCCGAAUUUGUCGUCGACCUCUGGUUCUCCGAGGCCAUCAAGGACGACGCCGAGGCCCUCGGCAACGCCGAGUGCGGCUGGCUGCGCAAGCUCGUCACCCUCCACGCCCUCACCGCCCUGUCGCGCAAUAUGACCCCGCUCGUCCUCCCCGCCUCGGGCCAGGGCCGCAACCUGGCCGGCUACCGCAACGGCCAGGCCGUCGUCGCGCCCGAGAGCGUCGUCCACCUCGAAAAGGCCAUCCGCGACCUCGUCGCCGAGAUCCUGCCCCAGUCGAUUGGCCUCUCGGACGCCUUUGGCUGGCUCGACUGGGAGCUCGGCUCGUCGCUCGGCAGAAAGGACGGACGGGUAUACGAGCAGCUCAUGGCCGACGCAGAGUCCAACCCGCUCAACCACGACUCGCCCGGCCCCGGCAUCGACAACGUCGGCCGCUACCCGUACGGCAGCGAAAAGACGGGCAAGCACGUCGUCGAGUGGUACAAGACCGAGAUUGGUCCGUUGCUCCGCGCCGCCGCAAAGCGCUCCGAGGACGGCGGCAUCCGCGGCGACGGAAGCAAGCUCUAG